UUUCUUGGUGUUGAAACCAAACAAGAGAGGAAGAAAAUUGGAGUGCGAAAGAUCGUGGGAGAAUGGGGAGUGGAUUGGGGUUGGAGGAGACGGAGCUGCGGCUGGGGUUGCCCGGCGGUGGGGGAGGCGAAGCGGAAGCUGGAAAGAACUGUGGGAAGAGGGGGUUUGCCGAGACUAUCGAUCUGAAACUUCAGCUUCAGACCCCAGCCGACGCGGAGGAAGCUGCGGUGGAGGCUGCCGAGACAAUGAAGCGAUCCCUGAGCCAUAAGAACGUCGUUUCCUGUGGCAGUGACCCUGAGAAGCCACCUGCUCCCAAGGCACAAGUUGUGGGCUGGCCACCAGUCCGAUCAUUCAGGAAGAACGUUCUGUCUGUCCACUCCGUCAAGGGAGGCAAGGAGGAGGGCGAGAAGUCCGGCACCUCGGCCGCAUUCGUGAAGGUUAGCAUGGACGGGGCGCCGUACCUACGCAAGGUGGACCUGAAGAUGUACAGGAGCUACCAUGAGCUGUCCAUGGCCUUGCAGAAGAUGUUCAGCACCUUCACCGGUGGAAACUGUGGCUCUCAGGGGAUGAGUGGGAGGGAUUUCAUGAACGAGAGCAAAGUGAUGGAUCUGCUGAAUGGAUCUGAGUAUGUGCCAACCUAUGAAGACAAGGAUGGAGACUGGAUGCUCGUUGGAGAUGUUCCAUGGGAGAUGUUCGUGGACUCAUGCAAGCGUCUGCGGAUAAUGAAGGGAUCUGAAGCUAUUGGACUUGCACCAAGAGCCAUGGAGAAAUGCAAGAACAGAAGCUGAACACCUCUUCUUUCUUGUUCAAGUUUUAUGUCAUCAGCAGGAGCAACAACAAGAAGAAACAACUUGGUGGAUUUGGGUCAAGCAUGGGGAUCUGCAUAUGUAUUGUGCUUACAUAUAUAUUAGAUAUAUAUAUAUAUAUAUAUAUGUUUUUUAGUUACAAUUUCCUGUUUGCUUUGUUAUCUUUUUGUGUAUGGACACAAAGCAAUGCUAUCUACUUCAAGAUUGCUGUGUCUGGGUUGUCUUUCAAUGGUGUGUUUAAUAAACUGCUCCACAGGUUACUUCUGUGA